UUUGAUGACCUCGAGAAGAAUUUAGGCGUGGAUAUCGAAACGGUUAAUUUCAAGGAUUUGUUCAACAGCUUGCCUGAAGAUCCUAAUUCUCCAGAAGCGAAAGAGACUGGCAAGAGCAGAAAGAUCAGUGACAGUGUUUCCAGCAAUAGCAAAAGACCCAAAUUGUAUGAAUAUUACGAUGGCAGCGCCCAAGCAGAGACGCUUUCCACACCCAUAAAUAAGGCAUUUGUUAAGGGACACGCUGUGAACAACAUUGAUGAUUCAUAUAUUCCGUUUGAUGAAGUUGCACCCAUUCCACCUAAGACGCAGUUAAACCCUGAGUCAAGCAAGGAAGAAUGGCUAGAAUACGUCAGUGGCAUCGAAGAAUAUAGAGCUCUGUUCACUGCAUACAAGAAGAGAGUUGUGGAAUACCAGGUGGAACGGAUUAAACGAGACGAAGUGAACUUGCAGAAGUUAGAUAUAGGAGGUAGUUUCGAUACGUACCAGAAGUGCUUGCAAAAGGAUUUGGAGGUGUUGACUGUUGUUGCCGAGCUGCAACGGCUAUACAAUGAUACCAUGAACAUUUACAAACAAAAUUGCCGGUGGAUGCUGGUGGCGAAG